UGGGAACCCGAAACCACCGUUCUCUCCAAUCCCCUCCAUCUCAACCCGUUCUCGCAUCUAACACAUGUUACUGGACUCGACAUAUCGCGUUCCACAUCCGUUUUACUCUCUUUUUCGUCUCCUCUGCUCCUUGCCGCACGAAUCACACACGUCCGUACGCGACCGUCGCUUCUGAACCCGGACGCGGACGAAACACGUUCCGUGGUAAUUUGAGGCAAGCCCGCGACUCUAGUAGUGAUUCAAGUGAACUCCUCAACGGCUCGUUCAAGGGCAUCUUGACGGCCCUCGAGCCCAGCAGCUUAUCCAAACUACGUAAAGUCGACUCUGCGCCCAAUUUCCUUUCAUUUCAAAACUCGACGCCCUCGCGUGCCGCUUCAACGAGUCCCCCAUACUCUUGACAGGCGUAGUGUUCAAAAUUGAAGUCACCCUAGCGCCCUCUUAACGGUACUACCAGCAUUCUAGUGCUAGUAAAUUACCAUCGGCAGUAGCCAGCGCCACUAUCGUCUCCACGGCACGCCGCGCGAUUCGUUACACGGCAUAUCGAUCGCUGGUACUUCCUUCUUCCCGGUCCGUGCCAUAACACCGCACCUCCAUAAUCCCUGUAGCCGGCAGCCCUUCGGCGGUCGCCGAGAGCGCGGUCCCCUCUCUGGCUCUGCACGACUGCGAGCCGCAGUCUGCGCGGCGCGUGGCGUGGAGUGUGACACUGUGAGCAAGCGUCAACCUUGGCAGCGUACCGCACAACGGUGGUCUCCCCUGCACAGCCGAAGGGAUCAUCAUCGUCCAUCAUGUACUCUUACUCGGACAACGGCCCGCUCUUCCCUUCCCCGCCGCCGAUCGACGCGGGCGCGUUCUACCCGUCGCAAAUGCCGCCGUAUAUGUCGCCGAGAGGCGGGAGUCCUGCCGCCGCCCGCGCGCCCUGCCACUUCCCGUUCCACCCGCUGCCGUUCGACGCGCCGUUCGACACGCCGUACGACCCGGCGUACGAUGCGGCGUACGAUGUGGCGUACGAUUUGGCGUAUGAUGCGGUGCGAUGUGGCGACAUGCCGAUGCUCCCCUCUAUGAUGGGCUUACUCUCCGCCGCUGGUGCUGGAUUGACCUUCCACGAAGCCGCAGCUAGGUAUCAUCGCAAGAUGCACCACCACCACCAUCACCAUCAGCAACAACAGCAGCAGCAGCAGCAGCAGCACCACCAUCACCAGCAGCAGCAGCAACAGCAGCAGCAGCAGCAGCAGCAGCAUUAUCAGCCCUUCGUCCAUCAUCCGCCGCUUCUUCCGCCGCAUCUCCCGCCGCUUCUCCUGCCGACGUAUAUCCACCAUGGCAGCAUGAUGAUGCCGCGCCCGCCGCCGUCGCACCCGGCGGUGGCGGCGGUGGCAGAGCGCACCAUUACCGGCGGCGGCGGCGGCUCCCGCGGCAUGAUGCGGCAAUUGCGGCAGCACCGUGACGGGUCGCCCCCCCGUAUUCCCGGAGCGCUCUGCGACUACGAGGAUCCUAGCUACUAUUCUACGCUUUAUUUCCGCCCUGAGGUGCAGGUCGUGGUGCUGACGUCGCGAAUCAAGGCAAAGGUAUCCCCGUUAGAGAAGACUCGGUGGCUGGACCAGCAGCUCUCGUACCGCAUCUGCCCGUACCCCAUACGCCAUAUCGAGUUCACCCAUGCCGGGGACGCAGUGGUGGAGUUCGUCUCCCAUGUGGCGAUGAUGAAAGCGCUCAAGCGCGCGCCCCUGCACUGGGACACCCCUGCCACUGCUGCCACCGCCGCUGAUGCUGCCGCUGCUGCCGCUGCUGCUGACGCCUCUGCUCCUUCUGCUGCUCCUGCUGGCAGUAAGAGCGGGUGGCAGAUUUACCUUGAGAAAGUAGCAGCUGCAGCGCCUACGGCAGUAGCAACAGCAGCAAAUCCCCUAGCAGCAGCAGCAACAGCAGCAGCAGCACCACCACCACUACCACCAGUAGCAGCAGUGGCAGCAGCAGCAGGGAGCGUUGGGAAGCAGGUGGUGGCAGUGCGGGCGUGCACGGAGGACGACAUCCGGGCGCUCUUCUGGGUGGGGCUCGCCUUCGCCUCCCCCGUCCCAGCCGCCCAUGUGUUGCCCUUGGUGAAGCAGGCCCUUCGGCCAUAUGGUGAGGUGCGGGGGGUGUACUCGCCCCACCCAACCUCCUUGGAGUUUCAGGAGCUGUACGAGGGGGGCACGCUGGAGAAGGAGAGGAAGAAGGAGAGGGAGAGGGGGGAGGAGAGGGAGAGGGAGGAGGAGAAUGAGGGCUGUGGGAAGGAGAGCUGGCCAGCGCUGCAGAGGCCGCAGCAGCAGCAGCAGGAGAGCAAGGAUGAGGACGAGGCAGCCAGUGACAGCAGCAGCACCAGCAGCAGCACUGGCAGCAGUUUCAACGGUAGCAGCAGCAGCAGCGGUGAUGGUGACAGCAGCGGCGACGAGAGCAAUGACGACGACAACGACGAGGGUCGAGUGCUCCGCACAAAGCUCAAGAAAGUGGACUUCAGCAGGAUAGCUCUUUCUGCUGCUCUUUCCCCUGGCGGAAGCUGCUCCUCCUCCCCUCCCUCCUCCCCAUUGUCCUCCCUUCCCUCCUCCCCUCCCUUCUCCCCUCCCUCCUCCCCACCACCCGCUGCCGCUGCUUCCUACUUCCGGUCGGGGUCUCAGUGCCCUCUUUCCUUCUCAGCGCCCUCCCCCUCCUUCGUCCUCCCCCCCGGCUGUCUGCUGAAGCUCUACUUCGCGCCCUCGGGCCGCCGCCACUUGCCGCCCACUCUGCUGCUUGUAAAUCAGGACAGGUGCAAGGUCCGUCCUCCUCUCUUUGCGCGUCUCUUCACCCCGCAUGGGCCUCUCUCUGUCACCUGCACGGAUUUCGGGCCCAACCACUCCAUCCAUGGCUGCCCUGCUUGCAGCAUGCACUAGCAUGCGUGGGGUGCUUAGACUAUGGGCCAGCGUCCUAAGAGCCGAGAAUAAGAUCGAAUAAGGCACAUGCGCAUGCCAUGCCAUGCCAUGCCCUGCUGUGCCAUGAACUAGUGUGCUCCAGGCAGCAGGGCUGGCAGGCAGGCUGCCAUGCUGAUAAUGCACCUAGGCAGCAUGGAAAGCAAGUAGGUGGGACGCUGGACGCUGGGCGCUGGGCGCUGGAGAGCUGGCAGGCAGGCUUGCCAAGCCAAGGUCAUCACCCACACGUAUGGUACAGUGGAGAAGUCCCAAUAAAACGGGUACAGCUGCAGGCACCACUGUACUCAUAAUCGAAGGCACCGACCAACGAUUCCUUCACUGGUGCCCAGGCACCCCCUAGUGGCUUCCUGAUAGUGAGUUCCAAAGCAUUUUCAUUAGGGUAGACACCGUGCGUGGGUACUAGCCACUACGUGCAGCUUUAGGUAGUACAUAUUUAUACUGGUACUAUAUGUUAUAGUUGUGUAUUUAUGUAAAGCUCUUUAUACCCGUGAUU